AUGAUCCCAGCACCGCUCCGCAACCGCAAGGUCCUCGACAAGGUCGGGACGAUGCUGGCCGUCCGUGUCGCUGCGACUGCCGUGACCAAGCAGCUGGACAUCACGAACUCGACGACCAUCCGGAACCUGCGUGUCGUCUAUCUCCUUAUCCAAUUCGUGUCUGUUGUUAUUUUCGUCUACAUCCUCGUCAAGGUCAACGCGACGAACGACCGUACGGUUAUCAAGACCAAGCCGUCGCGCGUCGUGGCGCGGGUGAAAGGGAUCGUGAUGCGGGUCGUCACGGGCAAGACUGUGGUGGAUCCGCAAGAACAUGAGCUGGUCACGACGACCGUGGGGGAGUAUGAUGCCGCAGCGGCCAAGAACGCUAUCAAGGGCGUGGUGAGGGGAGUGGUGCUGAUGGGUGGCGUGGCCGUCCUGUUGGGGUGGAAUAAGAUGCUCAUCGCACCGUGUAUCUCGCAACCCGUCGCGACGUUCCGCCACGCCUUGUUCCAGCUGCACAUCCUGAACGAGAAGCCCGUGGGCGACCUUGCGCGCGAGGCGACGCCCGAGCAGGUCGCUGCGGCCGAGAAGGCUGCCACUGCAAAGGACACAAAGGACGCAAAGGCCGCAAAUGGCCACGGUACCGAGAACAAGGUUAGCGAGCUCGACGACAACGUGUCCAAGCUCGACGACGUGUCCACAAAGGGCGACGACGGCAAGACGUCCCUCGAGGCUGACCUUGCUGGUGCCAUUGGCGAGGUCAUCGAGGCUAUUGCAGGCGCCGGCGCCGGCGCUCCCUGCUGCCACCACUGUUAG